GGGCUGAAGAGCUCUCACUUCUCACUCAUCCAUUUUCUCAACUACAUAUACAUCUUGGUAUAGGUACCUAUUUCGGUACCGACCAAGGUCCUUGGACUAGUAAUGGAAUGAGGUCUAUCAUAAGCCACCGUCCGAUAUGGCGCCAACGGUUCUCAACCCCUCCGAUCAUUAACACCGUCUCCUAUAAACGCCCAUUCAACCACCACCAUCACCACCACCACCAUGGACGGCCCUUCUCAGACUCGACUCGCCCUUUAGUAUACCCCGAUGCCAUAAAUAGCGAGCACAGUGAUCUGGCAUCAUACGCCGCCUACGCCGCCCGCACGGGCCUAGACCUCAAGUCCAAGACGUACGUCGGCACGCAGUACGAGUAUACCGUAGCCGACUCGCUCAGCACCCUCGGGUUCGACUUGAAGCGCGUGGGCGGGCGCUCCGACUGCGGCAUCGACUUGCUCGGCACGUGGCAUGUGCCCUCCUCUCCAGACUACCCCCUGCGUGUCCUCGUGCAAUGCAAGGCCUCCGCAUCGCACAGCACAAAAAUCGGCCCGCAUCACAUACGCGAGCUCGAAGGCACAUUCGCGGGUGCGCCCCCUGGGUGGCGCAGCGGCCCCGGCCUUCUGGCUUUACUUGUCUCCCAGAGGCCGGCUACCCAGGGCGUCCGCGAUGCGAUGGCUACUAGCAGCUGGCCUAUGGGCUAUGCCUUGUGUUCGCAGGACGGCGGGCUGGAGCAGAUGUUGUGGAACAGCAGGGCCGAGGAGGGAGGACUGGAAUCAAUGGGUGUCGCUGUCAGGUUCUCUAAUGGUGCUGCUAAAGAGGCUGGGAAACGGCUGACUUUAACUUGGAAGGGCAAGCCAUAUCUUGCCGGCCCAGUCUUCGGCAGGUGAACCGGCCCAGGUCUUUAGGUGUAUAUUACGACUGAAGCAAGUGUUUGUAAGACAUGAAAAGGAGCAAGGAAAACGUUAUCCAACUGUACAAACUUAGGGUAUCAUAAUAUCCUAUGUAUAUAGUUCCCUAUUAUCCAACCAUAAAACUGUAUACUAGCUAGAGAUGUGUAUAAAGCACCUACGAGAAUAAAAAGCACCACCACUUCAAUUUAUUAUGAUG